CUUGCAAACGCGUGUCCAUCGCAAUGAAACUUCUAGUGAAUCGUUAAAAACCGAAAAUACAAUGAGGAUGCGGGACAAAAGGUCCUGCUGGCAGCAGAUUUUGACCAUAUUGCACACCGAUUCGUUUCCACCGGCGGAAUGGGAAGAAAUUUACAAAAAUUUCCUUGAAAGCUUUCACAAUCCGUACUGCAUCCGAAGCAACAUUAAUUCUUAUUUGCCGCUUAGGAACCAAUUCGUGGUUCGACCCAGGGAAAUCCUUCCGAAAUCGGUGGCCCCAGGUCCGAAGACUUCACUAUUCCUCCCACCCGCCAAUUCCGUUAAGCGUCAGGACGCCAAGGUUAAUAAUCCCAACGGCCGUCGGAAAUCCAUAGUGUGUUCUGCUCCACCUAAAACUCCUACUGUUCCUGCUAAAGAUCGAAGAGCUUCAAGGAGUUCCACUGCUAGUUCCAAGCAUCAGCAUCUCUACGAAUCGCAAGAUGUUUCCGUCUGGAAGCCCAACAAAAGACGAGAGUCUAGUGCUAGUGGCUCCACAUCUAAGUCCACUUCGUCUGUCUUGAAUUCCAUUGAGCGCCGAAAUACAUGUGCCCUAGAUGCUCCCAUCUUAACUCCAAUCAGGCGGCGAGAUUCGUGUGCCUCCCGAGAUGAACAUUACUUGAACUCCACAAAUCAAUGGGAUUCAGGUGCUUUCCAGGCGCCCAAGCGUCGAAAUUCAUGUUUUCCUACGCGUGGUCCAGCCGUUGUCCUUACUAAACAAAAAGAUUCAGCUAGCUUCAACAAGCGCCGUAAUACAUGUACUUUCGCACACAACCCACAAUUCACAAUACCCGAUCCUGUCGAGGUACGCGAAUCACUGGUCAAUCCUGUUAAGCAGCCCAAGAAUUCUUCUCAGCCCAAGAAUAAAAAUGCCUUGCCACAGUCCAAGCUUCAAAAUGGUUUGCCAAAGCCCAAUAACUUUUUGCAGCUUUCGGAGGCAUCAAGCGACGACUUAGAUGAACAUAUCCCGCUCUCCCAAUUGUUUAAGAAUAAAGUCAAUAAACCAAAACCCGUAGCACUAGAUGCCUCUAUUAAAAGGGAGCCUCCUGCCGAACAUUUCACACCUGACCCUCCGCCAGUAAAGCGCAAAAGAGGACGUCCCUCGCUCCACGAGAAAGCGCAGCAGCUGGCCCGACUGGAGGCGGAGCAGGCGCUUAGGGAGCCUAGUUUGAUAAACCAGCGACGGCCAUCCCAGUACGAAAAGCAAAAGACGCAGGCGAAAUCACUGCAGAAAGCAGCGCAAAAGCAAUUCAAAGGGAUACAGGAGGAAUUUAAGGCGCCAACGCAGCAAAAUGCAUCGCCACAAUUAGUGCACAAAACGCCGCCGAUACACGUUAAGACAUCGACGCACGAGAAGACCAUUCAGAUCCCGCAAAAAUCAUCUGGAAAGCAGCCCGGAAAAUCUCGACUUCAGGGGACCAAGCCAAACGCCUACAACUCACCGCCUCCCAAGAAAAGGACCAUAUCAAACGUUGGCGUAAAAGCAAUAAGCUCCGAAACACUGCCGAUGCCAGCCCACAUGCCACCGACUCCGAUCAAUUUGAAAUGCUCAGCUAAAGAUGAUCGCCCGAGGAAGAACGUAAGUCGCAAGAACAGUCAGUCGAACAGAAGGCACAGCCAUCUCGACGAGCACAACUACAAUAAAUCUAGCUUCGGCUGUAAGCCCCAGAGACGGAAGCUCCAUGUGCCAGACAAAAGUGACACCAUCAGCGGAGAUCAGCUGGUGGACGACGCCAUGGAGCUGACCAGUCCCGUGGGCGGCGGCGAGGCCAGCGCCCAUGGAUUCCUCCCAAAAGACGAUAACGAUGUAGCCCAUGAGGUUGAGCUAUUUGACACGCCGAUGGAUCUGUUUCGUGAGGGGGAGGAGAUCGAGCGCUGUCUGGAGAACUUCAACAAUAAAACGCCCAGCGAGAUCGACCAUCAGCUGGCCCACACCACGGAGUUCUUCGAGAAGCUGCCGAAUCUGUCCGCGACGGAGGAAAAUAAGUCCGAUUUGGUGGGCAUCUUCAUGGGCGAACAUGAAGAAUUGGACUACGAGGAGGACGACGACGACGAUGUGCUCUCGGUGGCUGCCUCUUGGGAUGGGCUCAAGGACGAGAUUAUACCUGAGCCCAAACCAAAUGAAAAACUAAAAGCCGCAACGGCUUUGCCUGAGCUUAAACCGAUAGAGCAACCGAAAGCUGUGGAGCAGAACCUCAAUACAUGUUUGAAGUCUCUUGAGGCAGUUGUCGAACCGAAAGCGCAAAAAGUGCAGAACACAAAGCCGUUUCGGAUACCCAAGUUAAACGCAGAAGAACUGAAGACACAACCGUCCGUGAUGCGAUCCCUCUACGAGCAGGAGGAGUUGGAUAAGAAAAAAAAGACUCCAGUGCCAGCGCCAUCGGUUGAACUCCCGGUAGCUGCAUUCAGUCACAAGCAGCGGGAAGAAGCAACAGCAUCUCGACGGGCCAAAGAGCCAGUGCCGGUGUUUGCACCACCCUAUCGAGUGCCAUCCCAAGCAGUUCCCAUGGUCAGUGCCACCAUUCAGCCAUGUAUGCCUGCGUUCCCGCCCAAACAACAGGACAAUUCCUGGAUCAGAGUCGUGUUUGGCGUCCAGUGCAUGCAGUCUGUGGACGACAAGUGCCGUGCCUUUAACUGCGAUCACUCGUUGAGCAGUUCGGGCGAAGUCCAGAGCCGUUUGAUAAGGAUGGACGAGGAGACCUUGGUGAACAUGUAUCGAAACGCGCUGCGAUGCCGUUUGCUCUUCCAAACCUUCUUCACCUCGUUUGUGGACGUCUUCGAGCUUCGCCAGCUGCGGGAGCGUCUGCUGAACAUGUUGGCCGACUGUCGUCUGCACAGAGGCAUCUCUGCGCCUCUGGUGGCGCACGCCUAUGGAGCCCUCUAUAAAUUCGGCCUGCAGAAGGAGGCUGUGGCCUGCAUUAUGGAGCAACUGUGGCUGCCACGCAAGGCGCACAAGUUUAGGGAUCUGACACUGAUGAUAUUACGCAUAGUGUCGAGCGCCAACUGGGAAGCGUAUUAUGACGAGCUGGUGGAGCUGGACAAGGAUUUCAAGUUCACGUUGCCGCUAGAAAACUUGAUCACAAUACUUCAGUCGUCUGUGCAACAGGGAGACAAAUUUGUAAAGGCUGCCAGCUUGAUACUGCUUCAACCAAAUGCUAUGUGUAAGAAUGAAACUAUUAUGUCGUUUCUAACAAGCACAUCAAAGUGCUAUAAGCAAAAUGAGCAUGCCAGUUCAAACCUGCGACCACAAGGAGCAGAUUAUGGUCCUCCAUCACUUAUUGCAGCCCCUUCUACUGGACAGCAACAGCAUCCACCAUUUAGAAGACAGUCCGCAGUCCAUAGCUUUAGAGAUCCACCAAUAAGCACAAAUAGUUUUCAUAGUUCCAGUGAAUAUCCAAACAGUUUAAGUAAGCAGCGCCAACGAAUGUAAUUAUAUCUCAAAUGAUCUGGUAUCGAUUCAGCCCUCAUUUUGACAUUUAGCAGUAUCUCUGCAUCACACUUGACAUUACUAAACAUAUCUGAUUGAUGGUAUCAAUAGGAUUUGCCAUUUUUACAAUUAUUUUGUAUUGUGGAAUUGAUCAAUAAAUGAAAAGUUAGUUCUUUAUUUCAACAUAAUUACAUGUUUGUGUUUUUUCUAAAUUUUGAAUCUUUUAGCUUGAAUGU